AUGGGCAAGAGCAAGGCCAAGAGGUUUCGGAGCGCCCCGUUCUCCCCAGCCGGCCCGCAGCGGGCGGCUGGCGGGGAGGGGCCGGCCGGGGAAGACGGCGAUGGAGGCUCCUCUGCCGCUGAGCUCCUGGAGAAACUGCAGCAUCCAAGUGCUGAUGUAAGAGAGUUUGCCUGUGCCAGCAUUUCCAAAAUGUUGCAGCAGAAGCAUGCAAUCCCAGCCUUUCUGCAGAGAGAUGUUGUCCGGUGUUUGGGUCCCAUGUUGCUUGAUCAAAGUUUAGCUGUUCGUGAGACAGCUGCGGGAGCUCUCCGAAAUCUCAGUGCUUGUGGAGGAUUUGAAGUUUGUGAUGACAUGGUGACUAAAGAUAUCAUGACACCCCUUGUAGCGCUUUUGAAAGAGUGCAGUGCUGGACUAGAGACCAACGAGGUCUCCCCCACGAAAUGCAAAGAAACAAAGAAAAAUUGUGUUGAAGACAUAGCCAAUGAGGCUGUUAAUGUGCUGUGGAAUGUAUGUGAGUGCAAUGGUACGGCAGUAUCUGUAUUUAAUAAAGAAGGGUGCUUGGAUGUUGUGUUACAAUAUUUGAAGAAAUUUUCCACAAACGUAGAUCUGGCUAUCUCAGUAGCACAUUGCUUGCAGACAGUGACGGAAGAUAACCCAGAGCUGCUUUCUUCUUUCAAUGCUUCUGCACACCAAGUAUUGGAAUCCAUAAUGUUGUCCCAAGACAAUACCAUGGAGCAUAUCCUUUUAAGGACAUUGUUGGCAGGCUCUGUCUGGAAUAUAAAGGACACCAUUCCAUCCAGUAGCCAGGCAAACACAAUUAAUGCUAUCCUGAAGAUUUUCUCAGAAUCACUAGUGGUGGAUGCUGGUGAAACAGUUAUUCACAUGAAGGAAGCUGAAACACAAAGGUUAAAACUCACUGCAGAGGCAGAAACUGAGGAGAAUGUGGGUGAUACAAUAGACAACUCUGUAUUGAAUGAAGAUGAUGAAAUGGAAGAACCACCUAAAGGAAAAGUCAAAAGAGAAAAUGACAUUUCAGAUCUACUUCCAUCUGAUAAGUGGGAGCUGAAACAAGUGACAGCCUUACUGAUGGCUCAGCAGACUGCCCUGGAAAUCAUUGUUAAUAUGUGCUGCAGUGAAGAUCCCUCUGAUGACGAAUGGGAAGAACUCUCCAGCAGUGAUGAGAGUGAUCUGUUUAUGGAGAACUCCUACGAUGAGGGAAGUGGGCCGCCCAUGUCACCCCUUUGCCUCUCUGCCGAGGUUCACGCAGCACUCAUGAACAACCUCAUUCCAAAGAAGAUUCUUGAAAAAACCGCUUUUCCGAACACUGUUGCUGUAGACAUCUGUACACACAGUCCAUCUUGGAAGCCGUUAAUUAGAAAAAUGAACACGGUGCAGUGCAGAGCUCUAACGUGUCUCCACAGCAUUCUGUUAGUAUCCGAUGUGGAUUGUCUUGGAGGAGCUUCAACACUUCAGUCACUUGCACAGCACCUCUCCCAGCUAGUUUUUUCUCAACCAGAAUUUCCUACACACACUGAAUUCCUGGAAGCCGUAACUAGUGCUAUGAGGGCUCUCUUGCAAACAAUGGCAUCAAAGAAUAUAUCUCAGUGUAUUUCUCCUGAGCAGCUGAUGACUUUAUGUGAAGCUGGUGUUCAUAGCAGUAAUAUCAGUGUUAGAGUAAAUGUAGUUAGCAUCCUGGGAAUUGCUGGCAGCGUGCUGGCAAAAAUAGAAGAUACAGCUGAAACACUAAAGAUGAUUGGAAAAUUUCUUCUUGAGGUUGCUAUGAAGGAUUCUUCUCUUGUGGUAGCUGGAGAAGCUCUGGAUGCUCUCUUUGAUGUUUUUGCAGAUGGGACAGAGGCUGAAAAAGCAGCAGUUCAGAUUAAAUUGCUCCCUGCACUGAAAGAAUUCCAGCCAGUCUUCAAAAUAAGGAUGCGGAAAGAAGGAAAAGGACAGUACAGUACAGAUCAGUUGUGUGUUCUUGACAAUGUAAAAAUGAAUUUGAGAAGAUUCAUUGCCUAUCAAGAGACAUUAGGGGGAAAAAAGACUACUUGAAACGAACUUUAAAUUAAGGUUUUCUUUAUUGAUUGUCAAAUAUAUACGUUUU